GCCGGCCGUAUAAGACGCUGCUCAACAGCUGCUCGAGUAUUGCGCAGCGCACACAUUUCAGACCACUGCUGUGGACGCAGCGCGCUGACGGCGCAAGAAUGGCAGCAUGCACCCACCCGCAGCGCUUGGGCAACCUCUGCGCCGUCUGCGGCGCCGUCCUCGACGGCAAGGACACGACGGAGCAGGUCGCCGCGCGCGCGUCCAGUGCCGCGCUGAGCGUGACGAGCAAAGAGGCCGAGGCCAUCGCCGGCGCGCGCCAGUCGCGGCUCGACACGCAACGAAAAUUGCAGCUCGUGCUCGACCUCGACCACACUUUAUUAGAAUGCUCGACGGACAAACGCGCAUCAAGUGUAGAGGGCGUCGUAUCCUUAGGCAACGUCGCGGGCCGGCCGCACUGGGUGCGAUUGAGGCCGGGCCUCCGCCAGUUUUUUGAUGCGGUCCGGCCGUUGUACGAGCUGGCCAUCUACACGCAUGGUUCAAGGGCCUACGCGGCCGGCGUCGCCAAGGCCCUUACCGAAGCCGCCCCUGGGACGUCCUUCGGUGGCAGAGUCGUCUCGCGGGACGACUGCCCCGACUUACGAGGAGAGAAGAGUUUAGCAAGGCUCUUUCCGGGCGGGGCAGCUAGAGCGUUGAUUCUGGACGACCGGUUGGACGUCUGGACGCGGGGCGUCGACCAGACGGCUAGAGUGCUGGUCGUGCAGCCCUACAAGUUCUUCGAGCACCAUUUCCGCGACCCAUCCAGAAGGGACGGCGACGCGCAGCUGAGCCAUUCCGCGAGGGCGCUCUGCGCGGCCCACGCGGCCUUCUACCCUUCGAAUGGUUCGGUCGAGGACGACGUCGUGGCGUGCCUCGAUCGCUCUCGGACGAAAGUUUUCGCGGGCUGUUCCUUGUUUUUUGCGGAGGAGGUUGAUAUAUAUGCUGCGCGCUGCGCCGAGCGUUAUGGGGCUCGGCUCGUCGAGGAUCCGGCGGAGGCGACGCACGUCGUGAGCCGGCAGCGGCCCGAUGACGAAGCAAGGUGGGCGCACCUGGACUGGUUCUGGUACUGCGUCUGGCGCUGCCGGCGCGAGUCGGCCGAGCGCUACCGGCCGCAACAGCCUCCCCAAAACGGGUCGCGGAAGCGGGCGCGGUCGCCGGAGGAACCGGCCGCGGACGAGGACGACGAGUGGGCCGCGGACCUCGAGGAGGAGCUGUUCUCCUGAUUUUAUUUGUGUGUAAGUUUUAAACAAAC